AUGGUCAUUCAAAACUUCUUCCUCCGUAAAGUUGGGAAGAAGUUUAAGUAUCCUAUGCAACAACAACAUCAGGUGCCAGCCGCACCAUGGACCCAAAACGAUGUAAAUUUAGCAAGGGCAACUAGGCAGCUACCUGGUGCUGCGCCUCCUAUCAUUGCAGCUCCUCUGGUAGCUCAUCCGGUAGCUCAUCCGGCAGCUCCUCCAGUUCAACCCUACCCUUGCAGUUUUUGGCCCAACAGGCCGUGGCACGCAGAUCCAGAAGACGCUUCUAUCGGUCCGGAAAUUACGAUCGAGGCCAUCAAGGAUGACGUGUUUGAGGAGAGCCCUAGAGCAGACUGGAUGGCUACAAAGCCAUUCUUUUGGCCAAUUCAAGAUGAGCAAAACUGGGAGAACAAGAGGUUUCUCGGCGCUGGGGCCUCUGGCUGUGCGGGAUUGUGGUGUCAAAGUGAUGCCCAAGGUAACAUAUCAAGGCGGAUAGUUAUCAAGGAAGCGAGGCCUGACAAGAUCCAAUGGCGUGACCUUUGCUUUUGGCGAGAUCAGUUGCCGUGCGAGAUCCACAUGCACCAGCUAGUCGACAACGGCCGCGUGGUAUCUGAUAGCGACGAUGAGCCCGCUGGUUCUGAUCAUGAAACUCUGGUCAGACAUCAUGGUUACCGCUUGAUGAUGACCCAGCGGCGUUAUCGCAUCUUCUUCGACUACUACGAAGGCGGCAAUCUUUGGCAUGCUUUAGAAAAGCACUGCACCAGAAUGAAGACAUUCUAUACCCAAGGCGAGGAACCAGGGCUUGAUCAUGACUGGGAUGAGGAGUUCGGUUGCUACCGUGACUCAGAAGCGGUGCCCGGCGAGGCGGGAUUGUGUGAGAAGAUAUCCGAAGGCCUUAUCUGGAGAAUUGCUAGCUCGCUCGUUCAAGCGUGUCAGAUCCUGCAUUUCGGCCAGGUCAGUAUUGGAGGUGUGCAGAACACCACACCUGAGUGGAAACCGAUCAAACACUGCGAUAUAAGACUUGACAACAUCUUCAUCAAGCCAGCAGCUGAGGAGAACGAGAAUGAGUACCCAACAUUCGUCUUGGCAGACUUCGGCCUCUCGUUUACGGACAUGGGUGCUCCUGCAACUGACAACCCAUAUGAGUAUGUCAGGGAAAUGAAAGACGAACGAUUUGCGCCUGUGAGUAACAAGGCUACAAUCCUCAACGACGCAGCAAAAAGCGGUGGGGUAGUACCCCUAGACGAAAAGACAGAUGUAUGGCAGAUUGGUGCAGUACUUUACUCAUUACUCAGCAAUGGUUUCUUCCCCUCUCUCGGCCAAGGGCCAUAUCGCUUUGUCGAGAAAUUUAACGCAACUGUACCUUUCGCCGGCGACCUGAGAACCAUCGUCGACCCAGAGGAUGACCCAUGGAAUGACAUGUAUUUCUUUCCUACUUUCAAACGUUACAGCGAGGAUCUGAAGCGAUUGGCGUUCGAGUGUCUGGCAUGGCAAUCGAGUGAACGGCCGACGUUGUUGGAGAUGAGGAAUAGGAUCGACGAUUUCCUUACGACGCACCCGGAUGUUGCGAAUGAUCGGAAUAUGGAGUCGCUAGAGGUCGUUCGGGAUUUGGAAUUCGCGAUUGGGCAACCUAUGAAUUAG